AUGAACUCUCAACGCUCGAUUCAUUGCAUCAUGAAAAUGCGGAGUUGCGGUCUUUUCUGGCACAAGGUCGUAGUCUCCCUCAAGCUCGUCUCCCACCGAUCACCUGAUCAGUCCCAACAGAGGCUGUUGACUAUCGCUCGUCCUAAGAUGUUCGGCGGUAAGAUGGAGAUAUCGCUCGAUAACAACGCAAUCACUCUCGUCCCCGUGACGGGGAAAGAUGCGCGUCACUACCAACUCAAGAUCCGCUACGGCUUGAGGUUCCAUACCGUGACGCUACGCGCUCCAACUAGUGCCGUUUACGAGACAUGGUGGUCGGCACUUAAGAAUGCACUAGCAUCUCCCAACUUUGCGGUGCUCCCGGUCAUUGAUGCACGAGCACGUCAAGUGGCUAUCGCACCCGUUCUUCCUUCAAGAACCAACACCUCGCGACCCAAGCACACUACGACACUGGAAACGGUGGUGGAGGAAGCAAGGGAGGAAGAAUCAUUUGACGACAUCCCCGUGCUGGAGGUUGGUGGACCUACGUCCCCAACCGAGACAGAUAUCCUCGCAAGCUGGCGGACGUGGGCAAGCCUGGACUACUUUGCCACCCCACCAAGUAUUACCGGUCCUCUGUCUCCGGAAGCCUCAACUGACGGUAGAAAAGACAACGACGGCAGUGCCAGUGACAGAGUCUCGAUCUACAGUGAUAUCAGCGAGUUCUGGUCGAGGCCGUCAGAAUGGGAGGACGAGAUCCCCUGCUACCAGCCUGCUCCCAUCACUAGCUUUGCUGCUUGUGAACCUAAUUCGCUAGUCCCGCAGAAGUGUAUCACCCCGCAGCCUCAACAUGACGAUGAAAAGUGGCUGGAUGAGAUUGCGUCGUUCGCCUUCAGGCAAAAAGUUGGUGCAAGUCGCAAGUCAGAGCGUCGUCCCACCAGGCAUAUCACGGGACCACUUCACCCCCUGCUUACGUACACUCUGUUCUAA